UUUUUUCAGAGUUCACUGGACAGUGAAACUAGUCCAGAAGACGAAGCAAGUCGAGCGAGCAACUCUGGCGCCGGCGCGAGUAGCAGUGGCAACUGUAGUGGAGUGGGAGGCAAUGGCGGCGCGGGGAGGGGUGAUGGACGCAUAUGGCCAGAGGGACCGUCGCGACCUGAUGCACCGCGAAAUGAAGGAGUGCCUCGCAAUGAUGGCCCGUCUCGAAAUGAUGGACCGCCUCGCAACGAUGGCCCGCCACGAAAUGAUGGUCCGCAUCGGAAUGAUGGUCCACACCGGAAUGAUGGACCACUUCGAAUUGAUGGCCCACCUCGGAAUGAUGGACCACCUCGAAAUGAUAUGCCUGUGCGGAAUGAUAUUGCUCCAAGGAAUGACGGACCAUCUCGUAAUGAAGGACCAUCUCACGCUGAUCCUGGUCGUGCUGAAGGACCGUCAGCUGGCGCAGGUCGCGCUGUUGAGCCACCAGCUCGUGAUGACACUGCCGGACUAGGUCCGCCUCCUCACCCGCCUUGCCUUGCCCGCUCGUUACAAGCUCUUUCUACGCCCAGACCACCGGAUAAUCUAGCGCCGGGACUGGUGGAGCAGUUGCCUUCUGAAGUGCUGCUAUGCAUCUUCAGUUACCUGGACGACCUGUCCCUGUGUGCGUGCGCGUGCGUGUGCGGGCGCUGGUGGCGCCUGGUGCGCGCGCGCGUGUCGCCGCCGCGCUGGGCCUCCUUCACUCACAAGCGGUUCCCGCUCUACCGCCCGCUACUCGCCAACAUCGACUGGCAUAAGAAAUACCAGUGCCUGGUGGAGUCGUGUUUCUGCCGCAACUGCCUUGUACAGAUGUGUGUGCAGGCACAGCCCGCCGGGGAAGAGAACGCCUGGCGCCGGAACCGACUGAGGAUUGAACUCAAGAUGUUGCGCAACGACCCCCCGGAAGGUAUAGCGGCGACCCCUCUGGACCCCAAGUGUUGUCACUGGCAGGCCAGCGUCACCGGACCCAUUGGGUCCCCAUACGAGGGAGGGGUCUUCUAUCUCUACAUACAAGUGCCAUACGCGUACCCAAUGAGUCCGCCAGUGGUACGGUUCCUGACCCGCAUAUUACACCCGAAUAUCUCCCGGCACGGCGACGUGGGCAUUGACUCCGUCCACCACAACUGGUCGCUCGCACUCACCAUCAGCAAGGUGCUCAUCUCCAUACAGAGUCUGCUCACUGACCCUUAUACUGCGGUUUGCAUGGAACCAGAACUAGGAGAAAUGUACGUACGUGACAGACCUCGCUUCGAAGCUCUUGCAAGAAACUGGACGUGGAGAUACGCCAUGCACGACAUUCUUUCAUACUGAACCAUCGUGACAAAUGUAUUCAACUAUUCAAAUAUGUACUAUGUGAUAAAUGGAAUUAGGUUGAUAGUUGUCUAAUAGUACACUGUUGCUUAGCUUCCUUUUAUAUGGUAUGCUAAUUUGUUGAUCAACAGAAGCAUUCAACCAUCCUAAUAUGUACUAUGUGAUUAAUCGAAUUAGGUUGAUAGUCGUCUAUCAGUACACUGUUGCUUAAGUUCUUUUAUUGUGGUAAGCUAAUGUGUUGAUCGGCUUUUUUAGUAAACAACUCAUGGCAAAGUGAACUAUGUGGACAAAGUAACAAAGUUUAUAAUCGUGUUAGAUUACCGCAUUGCAUCUUUUUGAAAGCAGAGAAUUUGAAGAUCAGACUAAAUAUGUAAUUACCGUGGCAUAUCUUUUUUGAAAAAUGCUUAUGUGCCAGACUUAGCAACCAGAUGUGUUAGUGCUCUGCAAGACUCCUUGACCAAUAGAUUUAUUUGUUAAUGUUAACUUUUGGCAGCUACAAAUGGUUGAAUUGAAGUUGCCUAACUCGUCAUUAGCUGCUCCAUUCAGUUGUGCACAAAGUCUUGCUUAUUUUCAGAAGGCAUUACAUUUUUUUCUCUUUAAUCGAAUGUCUAUUUGAAUUACUAAACUACUUAUCUAUCAUAUAGCCACAAUGAUUACCUAAUCGUACGUACCUACGUACAUAUUUAGCUUAAAACCAAGAAGAUUGUAAGACGAAUUUAGAAACAUCUUGUGGCGUAUUGAAGACUUAUCUGCGUAUUCCUUGUAUACUGGCAAAUUGUAUUUAUUGCCUUCCCAAGGUUUUCUUAUUUUAUACCAUACGAUAUACCUUAGAUUAUAUGCUUUAGAAAUAACCAUUCCUCCUUCACAUAUAACAGUAUAGCCAUCGUUAUCUAUAAUCACACUUUUUAUACUUUUAUGCUCUGAAUACAAUAUUUUGUAAACUAAACAACACGAAUUAUAAAAGACAAAUGUAAGCGCACUUCAAACUUUAUUGUAGAAGUUUAUUCUCAAAUAAAAAUAACGUAUAACGCUAUUUGUGUCUACAAUAAAGGUUUUUUAGUA